GUCAUUUUGGGAUGUGGGGGGGGCACACGGAGGGGGUCGAAGGAGGAGGAGGAGGAGGAAGAGGAGGAGGAGGAGGAGGAGGAGGAGGAGGAGGAGGAGGAGGAGGAGGAGGAGAGGAGGAGGAGGAGGAGGAGGAGGAGGAGGAGGAGGAGCAGCAGCAGGAGGAGGAGGAGCAGGAGGAGGAGGACGAGGAGGAGGAGGGCAAGGGGGAGGGGGAUAGGAAGGGGGAGGGGGAUGGGAUAAGGUAAGGAGACAGUGGAAGCAGAGGCAGUAAGAG